AUGACCAGCCUUGUGGCUCUGGCUGACGCCAGCCGGCACGCUGACCUGGACCCGGGCUACCACAUCCCCAGCAAGGACGGAGUGGUGCUGUCAACACUAGAUCUCUACAUUGCAUCGGCCCUUCCUGGGGAGUACCUCAUUGGCCGCACCAGGAAUGCAGCAUACCUUGCAAACCUGGCGACAGCCGAGGGGGUGAAGAGGCGAGGCAUCGGGCGCAGCCUGGUGAGCGCUGCGAGGCAGCUGGCGCGGGAGCAUGGCGUGGAUGCCCUGUACGUGCACACCCUGGCGGUGAACACGGUGGCGCGCGACUUCUAUGCCAGCUGCGGAUUCGUGGUGGAGCGGGAAGAGAGCAGCAACACCGCGCAUUACAGAGGAAAGUGCCUGGAUGGGGUCGAGGGGAAGGGUCGCACCGUCCUCCUCCGGGACACCCAGUUGUAA